AUGCUGUUUUUCGGGGUGCUUCACCGGACACAGCGCAAUGUCGCCAGCGGAAACAACAACAGCGAGGCCACACCUUUGGUCUACUCGGAGUUUUGUCGCCACUCGCUGUCGUUGCGGGACAAGAAGUUCAAGCGCAAGGGCGACACCACCGCCAGCGAGAGACCGCAACUUGCGGACUGCAAGCGAUGUCGCCCACUACGUAGUGCUCAACGCGGAACAACAGCACGCUACGAUAGCUUGCUGUUGUUCCGCCUGAGCAGCUCCCUUCAGGGCAGUCGCCGUGCAUCUGCUCGCAUGGCCAACAGGAGGCACGAGAGCGUCGAGGGCAAGUACGCGUGGCAAGACUUAAAGAAGAAGAAGAAGGUCAAGGUCAGCAACAGCAGCUUCUACAUCAAGUCUAGCACCAGCCCCAACGCGCAUUGGCGUGUGCUUGACGCCAUGGGCGCUAGUGCUGCAGCCGCAGUUGGCGCCUUCGCGGGGCGCGCACUACUGGCGGAAUAA